AUGUUCACAAAACCACUAUACCUCAUCGCAUUCCUUGGCGUACUGGCCACCGCGCAAGAAAUUCCAGCUGGUGUUUCCAGUAGCCUUGGAGCUAUCAAUCCUACCGCCUUAUCAUCGGCUGCAUCUGUUCUCUCAGCCUCGUCGGCGUCUGUUGCUUCGGCUAAGGCGACAAGUACGGGCGGUGCGAAUGCUCAUGAAGUUAAAUAUGCUGCUUUGUUCGGUGUUGGUGGUGCGGCUCUGAAUGCGUUUAUGUAA